AUGGGCCGUGAUGAAAUCCGCGAGAAGACGAUCACCAUUCUGCGCAGCGAUGACGCCGGAGAACGGAAGCACGGCGUAGAAGCUCACAUAAUCAUCCACAUGGGGCGCUGGGAGGAUUACCGCGAAGACAUAGCCCCCAACGGUGCUAUCCAACGUUGGCUGCACCAGAUCUAUCGGCAUGUUUGGUCCUCUCUUACGGCAGCGGGAGAUCAGAUCAGCUCGGCCAAGACUUAUGAAGUCGUACCGGACGAGGUGUGGGAUGACUGGGUCGUACACCGUCCAAUUCUGGCGAUUUUCGAGGACAGGAUACAGUGCUCUGACCCCAAAGACAUUACGAAGAAUAUUCCAGACGAUAGGCCGAUAGUCAUCGUCUUAGUCACCGAUGAAGGAACCCCUGGAUACUACUCUACUAUCGAGAAGCGGAAAAAUAUCGUUACAUCACAUCACAUUCAUUACCUUCGGCCCGUUUUUUUCGAUUCCGAUUCCGAUGUCGAAGAGAUCUUCCCGAACGCGGAGGACCAAGAGACGUUCUAUACCGACGGGCCGGGAAAGUGGUACUACAAAUCGUUCCGCUCCGCGAAGCCUUUACCUGAAAAACGAAAAAUCGUCAUCGAACCGAGAUACACGAUUGUCUUUCCUCAUUUCGAUGCAUUGCCACUGGAACGCCCCAUGCCGCCAUCGAGAAAGAUGAGUCAAGUUGAGAAGCUGGCGAGAUUCAGAGUUUCGAAGAAUCUUCGGCUCUCCAAAAGUGGUACGACUCUACAUGUUCUCAAAUCUCCGACAUUACAGCGAGAUGAUCAAGACCCCCCAAAUCCUGGUCAUGAGAACUGUUACCGUACGAGCCGGAACGACAAUGGGGUCGUCAACUCGCAGAUCCUCUGCGCUAAGUAUGGACUGCGCUUCUUGCUGAUAGGCAAAUCAAGAAACACAAUGUCAAUCAGAACAACCCUCCACGCCGAUGCAAGUCUCGGUCAUCAACCUAUCGACAUCGACGGAAUCAGCGUGACCAUGCCGGCUCAGCACGGAAAGCAGAUGAAAUACGAGCGGGUCGAACAAGAUCGGGACGUUGCCUUCGAUGGUAUGAAGGUCUACGUCUUCAUCCAGUUGGGUGAUUGUGGUCAGUGGGAGUUUGCAUAUGACGACAUCGAGCCGUUACCUGAGUGGACGAAGCUCAUUCGAGAAAGGGUCUGGCUCUCGCUUCUGCAAGCUGGACAGCCCGUCUCGAGUGUCACUUGGAUCGUAAACGAUUCUUGGGCUACCGGUCAUUUCGCGUCUACUCGUGGCGAUGUCAAGAAAGUUGCGGAGGAUGAUUACGAAGGAUGGGCGAAAAGCCAUAUGCCUCGCAAAACACCUAUUAUUGUGGUCGAUGUCACCGACACGUCAUGCAGCAGAGUUGAAAGAGCCCUGGACGAUUUCUCGAAUGUCUUCACAUUCCACAAGCUGAUGUAUGAACGUACGAGUCAGCUGGACGAGUCCACCAAACAUUUUCUUCCGGCGCUGGACACCGUCUACACCAGCAUUCCCGCGUCUUACUUUGAAUGCCGCAAAUCGACUGGGAAGGUUUCACGUGCGGUAAUUAUACUAGUACUUUCGGCUAUGAGCUCGAGGAUACAGAGGCAAUACGUACAGCGAUCUCGUGAUCGACAUGGCGCUUGCGCUUGUCCAGGUGUGGAACGGCACGCUGUCGCCCUCGAAGCGAUUCAUACCGCGCUGGUCUUGCAAGAACAGCUUCGGAUUUUUCGGCUUCGAAGAUAUCAUCCUGGCUUGUUCUGUGUCGAAGCGAACAAUGAGGAUCGUCUGACACAAGAAGCACAGCAGUCAGCGACGAUCCCUCAAUCUACCGAGAUCCGUCAGAAACUCAAACAACUUAUGCUUCUCGAAGCGAACAGCCCCUGGUUCGUGGCUAUUGCCUGUGGAUCGGUCGUACGAUAUCGCUUGCUUCGAAAACCCUCGAUUCGCGCCGGUUGCAGCGGGAGCGCACCCCAUAGAUCUACAGACAACUCACACAACUAUGUUACUGAUCAACGGUACUGCCUCGAUAUCCAGAACAACAGUCCCGUUUCCGAAGGUAGACCCAUCGACCGAUGGUACAACAAGGUCGUCGAGCAAGCAUGGUCUUCUUUCGUAGCGGGCGGUAUCCCCAUCAAAAAGUGUACCACUGUAGUCGAGCUAGGUCACAUGGCGGUGGCUUGCGCUAGGAAAGGCUGGAAAGCUCCAGGGGACGUCGCCAUAUACCCUUCGAAACAUUACAAGCUAUCAACCUGGAUUACACGAUAUCGUCCUACGCAGCACCCGAUCAUCGUAGCCCUGGUCGGGGACCACAUCGACUCACUCGAAUACCUCCGCAGUUACGCUAGCAGACCUAAUAUCGUACAAUUUCACAACCUGAGAUACGACAGGGCCAGUACCUCUAUCGGUGAAUUUGAAGCGUACCUACAGGAACUCGAACACAUCUACUCGAACGAUCCCGAGGGAUGUAUCUACUCAAGUGAGAGGCAGGUUGAUAUUCCAUCCAAGGCGAGGAUGCGACACUCUCAACCGCGGUUCAACCAGCUACACAGUUAUCCUGAUGUAUCCUUCAUCUUUGACUUCUGCUAA